AUGGAGCCCACCGAUAAGGCCGUGGGCCCGGCACCGAGAAGCUUCACUGCCCCCAACGGCGUCCCUCCCUCGGCGGUUGAUCGGAAGCAGAGUGUGCGGAGGGAGCGAAGCCAAGCCAAGAAGCUGCAUCGACGAGCGCGCACAUACAGCUUCGAGGAGGGCCGCCGCGACUCCAUCUAUAUCAACGCAAGGAAAUCCCGUCCAGGAAAGCACGAUCCGGUGCCGGCCUUACCGCCACACCUGAAGACGGACCCGACAACUUCGGCGAGCCAUUACACCGAGACAGAUGGCAGCACGGCCGAUGCGUUGGCGGACCUGGACAGGAUUCCCACCCUUCACGCUACGAAGCGCGACGGUCAGCAUCUCAUGCCGCGCAAGAGCAGCAAGAGGCGCAAGAAUGCGCACGACCGAGAAAGGGAGGCGGAACUCAAAGCACUAAGCAAUUUUGUUCCCGUCCGUCCCGCGACAGAUGCCUGGACGGCGGGAAGACCAAUGAAGAAGGACACGAGGCGGGUGCGGACCGGAUUGGGUUUAGGGAUCGGUGGUAGUGCCCGAUGGGACAACCCCUCUAGCGAUGUCUCACUCCCUAUCGCCGAAUCACUUCACUCUACCCUAUCAUCCGACUCGGAGCAGUUUUCCUACAAGGUGUCUGCUCUCGAUGCCCUCGCGCCCAAGCCGACGUUGCGAUACGCCAUCAACCCCCGGUAUGCCCAUCCCAAUGGUGCAGCUCCGCCCCAGCGAAUACCCUCACAGAGGAGGAGAUUGACCGAGAAGGGUGCAAUCCCCGAAUCUACACUGCGUGCACAUAAGCGCAUCGAUGAUUUGGCGGACGACCUGAGCGCAAGCGACCUGCGAGAAUUGAUGGAGCGGGACCAGCGCCGGAGGGAGAGGCAACACCAGAAAGAGCAGGAUAGGAUCGAGCGGAGGCUUGCGAGGCGGGCAGAGAAAGAGAGGUUGGCUGCCGAAAAUGGCAGUCAAGCACCUCAGAAUCUGGAACGUGGUGUGCUGGGCCGUGAAGCCGUUGGUCUUGGAAUAGACACCACCUCUGCGGUGGUGACAUCUUCCAAGAGACGGCUGUCGGAUGGCGAUGACCAGACCGGCGAGGCUCCUCGCAGCGAAGAAAAGCCUGGGGACCAACUACCAGACCCUCUCGAGACUUUCCAUCGGACGACGAGCAUCCCCCUCGAUCCUGAGCCAUCCUCUCGUGAGGUUCAACAGCCUACGCCGCCACCUGCCGUAGUCAACGUUAGGAGGAGCUUCCUGAGGACACAGAAGUCAGCGUCCAAGUCUUCGUUCUCGGAACAGGAGAAGCUGUCCCUUAAUGAGGACCCCCGACGGGGCUCCGAGAGCAGUCCGGCCAGAGGUGCCAUCUCUUGGUCGUCCAUCUUCAAAUGGGGCAACAAGAACAAGCGUCACUCUGGGCCUUCGUCUUUCUCAAACACGUCGAGAGACUCCAUGGCGACGCAACCUCCGGUGGCGCCUUCUGCCGGGGCCAACACGCAUGCGCGGGCCGUAAGCAGCGGUGUCCCCAAGCGGACCGGCUCAAGGUUCCGCGAAGAUCUUCCCGAUUUCUUGAUGUCACCUCCAGACUCGCGCGUCCAGUCGCCCGAGACGGAACCGGUACCUCCAGCCAUCAUGGAGCAGGAAUCUCCACGGAUGCACGACGCUGCCAGUCCUGCUUUGAUGACGCCCCAAGACACUCGUGUCAAGGGUCCGUCGGUGCAAGAAGAUCCGAGCCCGUCGCAUCAGAACGCAGUCGACCCUUCACCUGAGCCACAGUCAUUAUCCCUCGCCUCGAUCGACUCGGAGGCGUCUUGGCUCUCUGGCCGUGUGGGCAGUCGCCGACAGUCGUCACAGAUGGCUCGUCACCGCGACAGCGUGCCCCAGUCUAUGCGCACCUACGGCUCCAACGAGGCGUCGGACAAGACCGCGGGCUCGCAGGAGCACGAAUCGCCAGGAGAAGACGCCGCCGGGAUCGCAGACGACGAGUACAUGAACCGCGUUGCUCGCCAUUCCGGGAACCGGCUCUCCGUCGGCGAAGCUCGCCCGUCGAGCGACGAGGAGGACGAUCCCCGCUGGGGCGCCGUGGGCGGGCAAGUCCCCACGGUCGUCCACGCGCACAAGGCGAACCGCAUCAAGAGCCGCGAGGGCCUGCUGCACACGUACGGCGAGGAAGACGAGAGCGACUCGCCGGGCUCGCCGAACGUCGACAGUCCCGUCAGCCCCACCAGCCCUACCAGCGACCUGAAGGAGGAGGGGCCCGGCGUGCAGCGAGCGACCAGUGUCAACCUCGGCAAGGGUCAUGCGCGGCACAUCAGCGCCGGGAGUGCGAAGCUGCUCGAGAUCACGCCGCGCUCGUCGGUAGAUGUCAAGAGGCGAAGCUGGGAGACGAGGCAGGGAGGGCAAUGA